GAAGUGGGACCGACUCAUUUCAAGGAAAUGGAGAGUAAUAUUGUUAAGAUACAUGGCCCAAUAAUGUGGUUCUCAAAUUUCUGUUCUAAUUAAUAGUUCAUUAUGCAAAGUGGCGACCGAAAAACUUAGUAUCGUUCCAUUUGAGCGGUGUAGUGACUUCUGUUGCUAUGUAUACUUCUUCAGUUCCAUCUUUUCUAUCGCUUUCCUGCCCACACUAUUCACUUAUCACCACGCAUCAUUCAAGAUGUUAUCCUCUCACCUAUCCCAUAUCACUGCCCUCGCUCUCUCACUCCCAACUCUCAUACUUGCCACUUGCAAUUCUACCCAAACAUGCAAAAUCACACCUGCAGACGCCUCAUGGCCUUCCUCUGCCGACUGGACAGCAUUCAACACAUCCAUCUCCGGAACCCUCAUCAAAACUCUUCCGCCGGCCUCUUCUUGCUACACUGGAAACCCAUUUAACUCAACUCAAAAUUGUUCUUCUGUCCAGACCAACUGGAAUCUCGCCACAUGGCAAGCCGAAACACCAGAAGGGAUUGAUUAUCCCAUCUAUGCGAAUAAUUCCUGCCUCCCUACCGAUGCAACUGGGUAUCAAGAUGGUAAGGGCUGUGAUAUAGGUGGCUCUCCAAUUUAUGUUGUAAACGCUACUACCGAGGAUCAUGUUUCUACAGCGAUGAAAUGGGCUACGGAAAGAAAUAUUCGAGUUGUGAUCAAAGGUACUGGUCACGAUCUAAAUGGAAGAUCAAGCGGCGCCUACUCCCUCUCAAUCUGGACCCAUAAUUUCCUUAAGCGAGAAUUCAAUCCUUCUUGGCCCAUCCCAGGCUCCAAUUCUACAGCCGACGUCCUCAUUGCUGGAAGCGGAAACAAUCUAAAACUUGUUUACACCGCCGCUGAUGAGGCUGGAAAAACAAUCGUAGGAGGUGAUGCCAAAACUGUCGGUCUAGGCGGGUAUCUCCAAGGAGGUGGCCACGGUCCCCUCUCAAGCCAAUACGGACUCGGCGCCGAUCAAAUUUACCAAGCAACUGUUAUUAUACCCUCAGGCGAAAUUUUGACCGUGAACGCAGAGCAAAAUCCUGACCUUCUCUGGGCCAUUCGAGGAGGCGGCCCUGGUACAUAUGGUGUCGUGACUGAAUACGUUUUGCAAGCACAUCCUGCUGUCUCUUUUGUUUCAGUUGUAAAACUCGAGGUAACUCCUCUCGGCUCCGAAAACGAUACCACCACUGCAUCAGCAGCUUGGAAUGCUCUCGCAAUCUUAUUUCAAAAUUUCCCAGAUCUAAUGGACAACGGUCUCGCGGGCCAGCUGACUGCUGCUACUGGCUACUUGGCGCAAGCUUUCUCCGGUUCAGAAUCUACACCCCCUGGUGUAUACUUCUCACAAGUAUUCUACGGAUACAAUACUAGCACCUCCGAAAUGGCCACACUCAUCUCCCCUCUAAUUGAAAAAAUGGGAGAUAUAUCUAAUGGAUCACUUUCUAUUAAUUACACAGUCACAGCUGUUUACGAUAGUUAUCUUGACUUCUUCUAUGGUAACAACCCUGGCGAAGAAGCAGCUGGACAAGUUUCUUUCCUUUCUACUCAUUUACUGGGGCGUGCGCAACUCUCUGAUCUUCCAAUGGAAACACUAUCUGGAUACUUGCAACGCGCGCUAGCAACUGAGAGCGGGGGAGGAACCGAAAUGAUAGUUGGCUUGCAAGGAGGACCUGGUCCGGCUCGCGUUCCGGAAAAUAUGCGUGGUUCGCUGAAUCCAGUUUGGAGAGAGACAUAUUUGCACGUCAUUACGCUUGGUGCAACAGUUGAUACUACUUUGACAGCCAAGAAAUCACUUGCCCAGGCAGCAGAAUGGAUGCAGCAGAAUAAAGAAGAAUUAUGGAGAGAAUGGGCACCAGACAUGGGUGCAUAUAUUAAUGAGGGAAAUCCUUAUAAUACUGAGUGGAAACACGAUUUCUUUGGGAUAAGCUACGAUCGAUUGGCUGAAAUUAAGAAGAAAUACGAUCCUACCGGGAGUUUGUACAUAUUGGCGGGUGUAGGAAGUGAUGAGUGGGAUUAUGAUCUUGAUACAGGGAAAUUGUGUCGCGUUUGAGAGAAGGUCGUAGUGUUGAAGGGAAGAAUAAUGUUUUUCUAUGGUUGACAUUUUGAAGGGAAGAAGAUUUCUUUUUUAUUGUUGAUAUUUUGAACAUGGUCUUUCAGGCCUAGGUUGAGUGUAUUAUCGUUGGUGCUGUUAUUAAUAAAAGGGCGGUUUAAAUUGGUUAAAUAAAUUUCAAUGAGCAUUCC